ACUUCUUGUUUCCUCACAGUGACAGUAAGUUGACUAACUGUUCAAGACCUCUCCCCUUCACUUCACUCUACUGCAGGGUGGGAGAUGCAACAAUGUCCUUGAGAACAGCAGGAAGUGUAUUGGUGGUAUUUCUCUGGUCUGUGACAGUUGUACUGGGGCAGAAUGGCUGGAGAGUGACUUACACCACUCAGAGUAUCUGUACCUUGAAGGGGUCAACAGUGGAGCUGACCUGCUCUUACACAUAUCCCAGAGGUCUUCAGGUGAAGGUGACUGGUGGACAUCAGGAUAAGACACUGACCUGUAGCACCACCUGUACUCUGACUGACAACCCCACCUACAUCUGGUACAAGAACGGACACAAAGUAAAGGAGGACACUUCCAGCCUGGACUCAGACUCAGACUCAGACUCAGACUUUAGUGAUGCAGACAGUUACUCCUGUGCUGUAAAAGGCCAUGAGGAUCUCCUCUCUCCUGCAGUGUAUGGACCAAGGAACACCUCAGUGUCAGUUAGUCCCUCUGGUGAAAUAGUGGAGGGCAGUUCAGUGACUCUAACCUGCAGCAGUGAUGCCAACCCACCUGUCCAGAGUUACACCUGGUGGUACAAGAAGAAUGGAGGUGACUAUCAGAGUAUGACAGGACCACAGCAUGUCUUCAACCAAAUCCAGUCAUCUGACACUGGAGAGUACUACUGUGUGUCCCAGAAUGAGAUGGGGACAGACAUGUCUAGGACCAUAAACAUGGAUGUGAAGUAUGGACCAAAGAACACCUCAGUGUCAGUCAGUCCCUCUGGUGAAAUAGUGGAGGGCAGUUCAGUGACUCUGACCUGCAGCAGUGAUGCCAACCCACCUGUGGACAAAUACACCUGGUACUUUCAAAAUGAGACUUUUCUAAAUGGAUGUGGACAGAUGUACAACAUCAGUAACUUCAGGUCUGAGGACAGUGGACAUUACCACUGUGAGGCCUGGAAUAGAAGAGGAUCUAGGAACUCUACAGCUCUGAUGAUCAUUUUACCAGGGAAACAAACAUCAGUUCUGACUGCAGCUGUAGGAAUCAUAGUGGUUGUUCUGGUUCUCAUCCUCUGUUUCUCUGGCUUCAUGAAGAAGAACUCCACAUCCACCUCCAACACAAGAGACACAGCAGAUGAUGGACAGGGAGACUCUAGUCCAGUGUAUGACAACAUCUCAAACAUGGACAUGACCCUACUGCAGCACAGACAGCUGACACAGAUGACCAGGAUGAUGUUCACUACGCCAGCGUCCACUUUUCUCGCUCCAGAUACCAGGAAAUGCCUCUGUCCUCCACCGUCCAGCUGCCUCAACCCCAGAUACAAGACGAAGAUGUCCAAUACGCCGCUGUGAAAUUCAACCUCCCCGGUGCUGCCACCCAACCCGUGGUGGCACAAACAGCUGAGAAGGACCCCUCUGAGAUCUACAGUAGAAUCAACAAACCCAGAACCAAGAAGACCUGAACACAACAAAUUCAGAACCAAGAAGACCUGAACACAACAAACCCAGAUCCAAGAAGACCUGAACUCAACAAACCAAGAACCAAGAAGACCUGAACACAACAAACCCCGAACCAAGAAGACCUGAA